AUGCAACUUCAUCAUGCCCCUCAAAGGUCCGAGUUUGCCUCAGUUUUGUACAAAGAAGUGCGAUGCCAUUUACACGAUUCUCGGAUGGCCAUCGUCUAUGGUCGGCCACAAAAGUUGUUACUUUAUUGCGAUAUUCAUUUUGCUAGAAUCAACGUGGAUCAAAAUAAUAUGGUCACUGUCCAGCCAUCAGAAUCCAGUACAGACGAAUGUUUCGUGUUCAUGUGUGCUCGUAGUGAAACGUUUCAUCGAAUGCUAACGAAGGCCAUGAGAGAGAAAGGAUUACAUCGAUACCUGAGCAAGAAGAAUUCCGAAGGUGAUUGGAUGCCUGAUUUCGUGGUUCCAAAACGGGUUGAGCAAGCCGAUACUGAGUCACAAUUCUCUCAUACCCUCAGUGGACUUUUUAACUUCUUUAAUAUCGAACAGUCGAAACAGUCCAAACGGGUGAAUUUGGAUAAGGAGAAGUCUAAGUCUGGGUUUCAUGUGGGAGGUGCUAGCGGUCCCAAAGUGCAUAGCAAUCUCGCUCGAGCUAAUUCAUUGGCUUUCUAUCACAACACAAAGGCUCCAGCAACACGGGAAGAGCCUGUUGCGAAUUAUGUGAACAUUGGUAGACACAGUGUCUCGAAGCCGAUUCUAGAUCGAGAGCGAGGAGGAUCCGAAAGAGAACGAAUAUACGCCACGUCAAGAAAAGCGAGCCGAUUUGAGCCUGCAGUGACGGCAAAUUACGAAAAUUAUCAGAACAAAGAGAGCAUUAUUCAAAAUCGGCUAGCCAACGUUUUACAUCGCAAGAGUCUACCCAACUACAUCAAUACGCCUCAGACGUCCCACCUCAGGAAAGAUGAAAAACAAUUCUCCAUGCGGUCGCCGAGCCACGGCUAUCGAAGAAAGUCCGAACUUGCAUUGGUACACGCCAUGGAUAAGCCAUCGACGAGCAAAGGACGGUCUGUCGGAGAUCUGAAAGCGGCCAGGUUGGAGGAGUCACGAUAUGAAAAUUGGCGCAAGGCCAAGAAGUUUAUCUCUUCCAUCAAACCAAAGUCUCAAUCGGAUCUAAAUCAACGCAAUAAAAUGUACAAUGAAGCCAUUGGCGGCGAGUCGUCGGACUCCCUCACCGAUGAUUUCGACGAGCCACCGCCUUCCCUUGAUCUUGUUGUAUGUGAAACUUCAACGCUGCAAAAAGAGUUCGAGGAAAGCCCUCCGGAAGGUCUAGUUCGACCGAGAGAGGAUAUCCAGAUCAAGCCAAGGGCCGGUGUAAGCGCUGUACUGGCCCGACGUUUGGCUGCCUCGAUUACUGGAUCUUUUUCAAAAUACGAUGGUGAACGAGCUACUCAUCACUACCAAGGUGGCCCACCCAGCGACUCCGUCAAAGCUGCGUCACCCCCAAUGCUUGAGGCCCUGGAUGGAAUCGAGGCUGCCGUUUAUCGAGGGCAAGAUCGACUGAAAGAGAGUGACAGGAGAGCCUCUAGUGUCUCAUUUCACAAGGUUGGUUUUGCCGAUGCCCAUGAAGCAGCCGAAGCAAAAGAAGUCGUCGGUCAGCAUCAAUCAGAAGUCGGUAGUUCACAUAACCUCACCGAGGAAUUCGACAUCAUAUUCGGAGAGCACAAGUUGCAUCGAGUACAUCGCCGUGACAUACACCUGUACACCGCUUACUAUAAUAUUUUAGGAUUACCACGAGGAGAGCAGUACUGGGUUUCAUAUUUGAUCAAAUUGUUCCAGGUCUUCAAGCGAAUCGCUAUCAUCGGAUGCCAGGUCACGGAUUUCCUUCCGUAA